AUGUUGGUGAUGUAAAUUGGGUUGUAUUCCAUCAUCAAAUGAUAAUUGUUGUUUCUGGUUCAGACAAGUUAUAAAAUGUGAAGAUAUAAUGAGACAAAAGCUUGAGAAGUUGAUAUUUAUCGAGGAUAAUAUUAUAAUACAUAUUAUAUAUAUAUAUAUAUAUCAUCUAUUCGUAUUAUUCUAUCCAAAUCCAGAGUUGAUUUUGUGGAUAAACGUAUUCGAGUUUGGGAUAUGCAAAAACGCACAAGACUUCAUGUUUUCAGGUAAUUUUGAGAUUUUGUGCAGAAAUAUGUAUAUCUCAAAUUCGAGAAAGAAAAUCUACUUAUAUAUAUAUAUAUAUAUUUCUGGAAAAAAUGUGACGUCGAGCUGAAGUUUCAUAAGCUCGAGUCUUCAGAUCGUCAGAAUUUUGUGAUUUUUCGAGCAAAAUCCAACUUUUCAAAUUUUCAGACACGAGAACGAACGCUUGUGGGUCGUUGCUGCUUAUCCAAGUUUGAAUAUGUUUGCCGCCGGACAUGACAACGGAAUGGUUGUUUUCAAAAUUCAAACAGAACGUCCAGCUUAUGAAAUUGAUGAUCAGAAGCCUGAAGUUCCACCUGAAAGAUCUUCUACAAGAAUUUCGAGAAAAUUAUCUGAAAAACAUGGUCAGAAAGCUGAAAAAUCGAAAAAUUCAUCAAAAUCUGCUUCAGAAGCUGAAAUUCAAGCUGAAAAAGCUGGAAAUCGUCGAAAAUAUGCUCCAGAAGCUGAGAAUGAUGAAAAAAAGCCUGAAAUUGUGACCAAAAAGGAUGGAAGAUCAAGAUCCACAUCUAUAAAAGCUCAAAAAUCUGCUGAAAAUCGUCGAAAUUCAUCUGGAAAUUUGAAAAUUUCACGAAAACCUGCUCCAGAAGCUGAAAAAGCUCGAAAACCUGUUGGAAGACCAAGAUCGAAAACUGUUAGAGCUCAAAAAUGUGCUGAAAAUGAGGCGAAGUCUGAAAUUGCUGAAGAUAGUCAAAUAUCAUCUGGAAAAGCUGAAAAUUCAUCAAAUUCUGCUCCAGCGCCUGAAAUUCAACCUAGAAAUGCUGAAAAUCCUCGCACAUCUGCUCCGGGAGCUGAAAUUAUGGUCAAAAAGGUUGGAAGAGCAAGAUCGAACUCUGUUAGAGCUCCAGAAUCUGCUCCAGAGCCUGAAAUUGCUCCAGAAGCUGGAAAUUGUGAAGUCAAACUCGAAAUAUCUGAAAAUCCACAAAAAUUGACUGAAAAUGUUGUAGAAGUGAAACUGGAAAUUGAGGAAGCGGAAUAUUCGAAUUUUGAAGUCAAAAUGGAAAUUGAGGAAAAUGAAGAAGCUGAAUAUCCGGGAAUUUUGAAAAAAGUAAGUUUUUUUGAGCUGAAAAUUUGAAAAUUUCAAAUUUUUUAGAUCUAGAAAAUGUAAAAUUAUCCGGAAAUUUAAAAAUUCCCAAAUUUUUAUUACUUAUUUUUACCCGAAAAACUUGUUGGCUCAAAUUUCAUUCAUUUUUUCUGAAAAAUCAGACUUUUUUGAGAAAAAAGUCGGAUUUUUUCCUGAAUUUUCAGACGGAAAUUUGUACGGAAUUCUUAUUUGAAAAUUUCCAAAUUUAUUGAUUAUAGUGAAAUUUUGAAAUGGAACAAUUCAUCAAAAAAAUCCGAAUUUCCAAAUUUUUACACAAAAAAUCAUAAAAAAUGUUCCAUCUGCUGACUAUUGACUUCAAAAAAUUCGACCAAAAAUCUUCAAUUUUUUCUAGUUCCUCUACGACGAGAAUAAUCCAUUCGUAAUCUGCUCUCGCAAUUUUGUCCCAUUAUAUCGUGGUCAACCAUUGUACAAAUGCUCAUUCUGCAGAGCAUCGUAUUCCGAAGGUUUGGAAAGCGAAUUGUGCGUGCGAUGUUUGUCAGAUAUCCAAAAUUGGCAAAAAUGUAUUGGGAUUGAGAAUUUCAACAUUAAACAAUUAAAUUCCUUUCAAUUCAAAUGUGUGAUGAUAAUUAAUUAA